AUGUCUGAAACUCAGAAUACUCGUCCCGCUGAUGUUGGGUUUGUCCUCAAUUCAACAGCGUUGGUUUGGCUCAUGAUUCCGGGAGUCGGUUAUUUUUAUAGUGGCAUGGCAAGAAGAAAAAAUGCCUUAUCAUUGAUUAUGUUGUGUGUGUUGUCUGCUGCUGUUGUUUCUAUACAGUGGUUCAUUUUCGGAUAUAGUUUAACCUUUGGCCAAGACGGGAACGCGUUCAUUGGAUCAUUGAAAAAUUCUUUCUUCAUGGGAGUAGAAAAUAUAAAGAGUACCAAUGAGAAACGAAAGAUACCAGAUAUGACUUUUGCUAUUUUCCAAUCAAUGUUCGCUGCAAUUACACCCGCGUUAGCAAUCGGUUCAGGUGCAGAACGCGGUCGAAUAUUACCUGCAAUAAUCUUUAUAUUUGUAUGGACGACACUUGUCUAUGACCCGAUAGCUCAUUGGGUUUGGUCGCCUGAUGGUUGGGCAACCAACAGUCUUGAUUUUGCUGGUGGAACUCCGGUUCAUAUUUCUUCUGGUGCAGCUGCUUUGGCGUAUUGCAUGCUUUUAAAGAAACGAAAUAAAGAAGAUCAAGAAGAAUUCCGUCAACAUAAUGUGACAUAUACCGUAUUAGGAACAGUAUUAAUGUGGUUUGGAUGGUUUGGAUUUAAUGGGGGGUCAGCUUUAAGUGCAUCACCAAGAGCUGUAAACGCUGUCAUAGUGACGAAUUUAUCGGCAUCAGUUGGCGGUCUUACAUGGAUGAUAGUAGAUUACCGUUUGGAGAAAAAAUUCUCCGCAAUUGGAUUUUGCUCUGGAGCAAUUUCUGGACUAGUAUGUAUCACUCCCGGAGCAGGUUACGUUUCUGCUCCAUCAGCUGUGCUUUUUGGAGUUCUCGGUGGCCUUAUGUGUAACCUUGCGACGAAACUCAAAAAUGUGAGUUUUCUUAACUAUGAUGAUGCUCUUGAUGUAUUCGCGGUUCACGGUGUUGGAGGUUUUACUGGUAAUCUACUCACAGGAAUAUUCGCACAGCAAUCAAUUGCAUCUCUUGACGGACGUACUUCAAUACGCGGCGGAUGGUUAGACCGAUAUUGGAUGCAAAUCGUAUAUCAAAUAGAAGAUUCGGUAGCCGGCUUUUUCUAUUCUUUUUGCAUAACAUACCUUAUUUUAUUUACGAUGAAAAAAAUCCCGGUACUAUCAAUUCGUGCAUCUUCCGAAAUUGAGCGAAAGGGCAUAGAUAUGACCGAAAUCGGUGAAUCCGCUUAUGAUUAUAUCGAUGAAUUGGUGAAAAAGAACAAUAAAACGGGUGUUACGGUAAAUAUGCCUGCACAUGAGCCACGUGGGGUGGAAAUGGGUGGAAAUUUAGGUAAUGAAACCUAA